AUGCCUACCACUGAAGAAUUAAACCAUGUAGGCAUCAGCGCCGAGAGGGACCUCAACUCCCACCAGGCCAAGCAGGGUCGCAGUAUGAAGAGUGACUCAACUCUUGAGUCUGGAGUCGACGAGAUGGUCGACCAGCGAUUCUCCCAGCCCACAAGUGUGAAGUACGGCCCUGGCUCAACUGCCUCUGGCAGCGACCACCGUGUGAUCCCCGACGAGGAGGGUGGAGUUCGCGAUGACCGCAACAGGUAA